AUGAUCAUGGAGGAUUACGUUGACGAUAUCAAUUCCAGUUUUUCACAGGAUUUUAAUUCAAGUGUUUUGUAUUUAAAACGGAAUAAUUCUUUAAAUGUUGACGUGGAGAAGUUUUUGGUGUCGUUUCUCGGGGCGAGACGAAAGGAUGAUACCUCCGUGGCAAUUCUUACCGUUGUUUACACUAUUAUUUUUUUAACCGGUUUAAUUGGGAAUAUAAGCACGUGCGUUGUUAUUGCACGGAACACGUACAUGCAUACAGUAACUAAUUAUUAUCUGUUUAGUUUGGCAGUGUCGGAUAUAUUAACCUUGCUAUUAGCACUUCCGCCGGAAUUGUAUACAAUAUGGAAAGCGUAUCCGUGGCCGUUUGGGGAACCAUUUUGUAUUUUCAAAUCGUAUUUAAUGGAGUUGACAGCGUAUGCGUCAAUCAUGACAAUAACAGCCUUCACCUGUGAACGUUACGUAGCAAUAGUUCAUCCAAUGAGAGGACAGAAAAUAUCUAUUUUAUCACGUGCUGUCAAGGUGAUUGUGUUCAUCUGGAUACUGGCGGGAACUUGCGCGUUACCAUACCCUAUUCACACAAGGAUUUAUCAUUUUGUUACGGACCCUAGGAACGGGGAACCAAUCAGUGAUUCGUUACUGUGUAAUAUUCCCUACGAAUGGAUUCAGAAGAUGACGUACAUGUUUCAAGUGUCGACAUUUGUAUUUUUCGUCAUACCCAUGACAAUAAUAACUGUCAUGUACGUUUUGAUUGGAGUAAAAUUACGUCAGAAGGAGAUCAUAACGGCGAGUGUUAACAACGCCCUGGUGGGUAAAACGGCAGCUUCCAGGGCCAGAAAAGCAGUAGUUAAAAUGUUAGCGGCAGUCGUGGUGGCGUUCUUUGUUUGUUGGGCUCCGUUCCAUGCUCAAAGACUGAUGACGUUGUACGUCAAGAGAGAACAAUGGACACCAGAAUUACUCGUCGUUCAGAGUUACCUAUUUUAUGUCUCUGGUGUUCUGUAUUUCCUGAGUUGUACCAUCAACCCUAUCUUAUACAAUCUGUUAUCUCGUAAAUACCGUCAGGCCUUUAAACGUACCCUGUGUCGCUGCUGUAUUGAUCUUCACUCGCUUCCAACUUUUUACAAACUUAAAGCCAAAUUUAUUGGAAAAGAUGGCGUCCCGGAGUCUUCACCUCUCGAAGAAAAUUACCACCAUCCCGCGAAAGCUAUAAGAAUGACAAAGUUCAGUCAACAAGACUUCCGGAAACAUCACGGUAUCCAAGAACUUGGUUAUCCUUCGACAAAAGAGACUUCCGUGCGACAAUCCUAUCCUUCUUCCUCUUCUGGUAGUGCGCAUGCUCAUUCAGACGGUCGUCUGCAACAGCUAUGCAGACACAAAUAUUGCUCAAGUCGUCGCGCGCGUUUCAGCACGUUCGAAGACUCCAGUAGCUGUAGAAACGCUUUCAUCUCUCAUCCCCAAAUAAUUAAUAGGGGAAACAGUUGCGAUUCAAAAUAUAACUUCACGGCAUUGUCGGCUGCUGAAGGCGAGGAAUGUGAAAUUCAAAAUGGUUGGAGAGCAGGAGGUGUGUUGUGAAAAGCGUUUUCAUCAAAAUCAUUAUACAGUGUCUGUUAAAGGGAAAGAGAUUUUCUUGGUGAAUCAUCGAUCUCACAUACUUAUUCUUAAAUAUAUAGGGCAUGCAGACCACAAAGCAUCCUCUGUAUCCCCAGGGGUCGCUUUCCGCUCUACUCCACUAUACCCUGGGUUCAUCCAUGGGGUAUUCACGAAUUCAAAUUAUCCGCCCUUGAUUGUAGCUUGAUUCUACGAACCAAUAAAAAAAACAGUUUACAAUCCAGUCUUAGUCUCAUUGCUAACGUUCACAACUAUAGGUCGGCUUGUUUGUUGCAACAAAAUGAUAGUUACCUCCCUUCGCUAACUUCCUUUGAAUUUAACGAUUUUUUAAUUGGUCGAUCAAUAUAGCACAGUCAUCAAGGGCAGAUAAUUUAAAUACAUUUCUCCCCGUGGAUGAAACCAGGGUUAGUAGAGUGGAACGGAAUGAAACCAGUACGGAUACCUAGGAUGACCACAAAGCUAAACUGGUUUUAAAAUCAUCGAGGCCAUCUGUGUGAACCUAGUUCAUGAAACCUGUUACACCAUUUUCUGGGAUAAAAACAGAAAUCUCCUUAAGAAUUCUGGGGGUUGGGUGUUCGAAUGGUUAGCGCGUGCGCGUUGUAUUAUAAGGUCUGCCAUUGGGUCAACUGACGUGAUUUCGAUUCCCCGGUUGUACGUGACAAGGAGUAAUGUCGCCUGUCCUACCUCGUGGGUUUUCUCCGGGUCUUCCGGUUUCCUCCCACUGCUAAAGAUCCCUACGCGCAAGCGAAUUAUUGAAAUAAAAUUGAAGCCAAUGUCCGUCCCGAAAUGACCUAGUUUGUGUCGAGUGAACGUUAAACCACCUGAUAAUAUUUUUCAUUUUGUUUAUCUGCUGGUCAGAUGAUACAAGGACCGAAAUGAUUGAUAUGAUGGUAGUAGUUUAGAUGAAUAUUCGGGUGUAAGAUUUUGAAUGAGUGUGGACUCUCUCUCUCUCUCUCUCUGUUAUGAAAGAUGAAUACGGGUUAGAAUCGCAUAACAAAAUAGUAUAUUAAUGUUUGAAUACGGCGGCCAUUCAA